CACUAUAUUUUCCCAUUAAAAUGAUCAGUUGAGAAAAUGUACCUUUGCUCUCAUCUCUAACUACCAGUAAGACUGAAGGACAGGCUAGGUGGGCAGAUGAACAUCCAAUCCUGUUAUACAUUACAUCAUAAAUUAUUUGUUUAUCUAACCGUUUGUUAGUGUGUGUUUGCAUGCAGAGAGACUCCGGGGAGGGGAGUUUCUGUCAUUAACUCAGGGAUAAAUAGAGAGGCAGAGCUCAGAGUUUGUCAGAAGGCGGACCUGACAGGGUCACACACAGGACCAAGCAGGAGCAGGACCUCAGCAUUUUGACCUUUUAUUACAAAUGGAGAAACAUGAAGAUGUUCAAUACUGUUUUCAAGACAGAAACUCUUCUUGCAGAAAGGCUUUUCUAUCGACAUCUAUCUACAUAACACUGUACAUCUUCUUCUCAUUGAUUUCAGCAGUUACAAUAUUUUUGAACGUACUGGUGAUCAUCUCCAUCUCUCACUUCAAACAGCUCCACACUACAACCAACCUGCUCCUCCUCUCUCUGGCUGUGUCAGAUCUCCUGGUGGGACUGAUUGUGAUACCAGUAGUGACUGUAGCAUUAAUGGAAUCAUGCUGGGGUUUUGGUCAAUAUUUCUGCGUGUUUCAUUUAUAUAUGGCUUUUUUAUGUACCUCUUUAUCUCUGGGCAAUUUGGUCUUGAUAUCUAUUGACCGCUAUGUUGCUGUGUGUGAUCCCUUAUUGUACCACUCUAAAAUAACAAUAACUAGAAUAAUGUGUUGUAUAUUCAUUACCUGGUGUUGUUGUAUCAUAUACCGUGCUGCUAUUAUAAAAAACUUUGUAAAUGUGCAGGUACCCAGUAGGUGUUUGAAUGAAUGUUUUAUUGUCGAAGGAAUAAGCUGGGGUAAUAUAAUUGACCUUAUAUUUACAAUGGUUGUCCCGUGCUCUAUUAUUAUAACACUUUAUAUGAAAAUCUUUGUGGUGGCCAGAUCACAGGCCAGAAAGGUAUUUUCAAAAGAGGCUGCCAGUGUGUCUGGUGUUAAAACUCUACAGGCAAAUAAGUCUGAGAGAAAAGCAGCAAAAACUCUGUCUAUUGUUGUUAUCAACUAUCUCAUUUGUUGGAUUCCAUUUCUUUUUGUUUUCUUUUUGUAUUUUUUAAUUGGCAGUUUAUUUUUAGUUAUGAUCAUCGGCUUUCUACCACUUUUUAACUCUUUUAUCAAUCCAAUAAUUUAUGCUUUCUUUUAUCCAUGGUUCAAAGUGACAGCUAAACGUAUUUUAACUCUGAACUUUUAAAUUGUAUUUUUUUUUAUUCUUUAUUUAACUAGUCAGUUAAGAACAAAUUAUUAUUUACAAUGUCGGCCUAACUUAAGGCAUAAAUAGUAAAUAGUUUUUUCCUACGUUUGACAAACAUGUGUUUUGAUAUAGUUUUGCAAUACAAUUGUUGUAAUUGCUUCUUUGAUGUAACAAUACACUGACAUUACUUAUCUCAGUAUUGUCAUCAUAUGGUAGAUGCGUGUGGUGGUGAUACAGCAUUAUUUGUCUGGAUUGGUUUGGAAUGACUUGGAAAAAGUAUAAGAAAGCAUAAGCUUGUUUUAUAAAAUACAUUGAAGUCAUUGUGGGUUGUAUAUUCCAAAUACCAAAGGCUGUGGUUGUUCCAUGUUAUUUAAUAAUAAAUAGUAUGUAAG